UGAAGAUUUGAUGUGUGUGAAGUGCGCAGAGCAGCUAGCUGUGGACUCCUCCCGUUGUGUGAAGUUCAGAUGCGCGUCGUUCUUCCGUGCGCGCGUCACCAGCGCACAAAGGAGCUUCCCGACGCGAGGGGAGAAUGGAGAGGUAUGUGGAUCACGAAAACCGGGGGUUUUGAAUGCCAUUACGCCUCGAUAACUGACGCUAUUUUACUUUGACCGGAUACAUUGCCACCCUUUGCAUGAGCACCAACCCGGCUGCUCUGGAUUCAGAGAUCCAGCACCGUCUUUCGCAUCUGCUUCCCAGCUGAAAAGCUUCCUGUGCUGCGUGGACCGUAAACCUCGGGUCAGUCCCUCACGAUUGUGCUGUAGUUUACUGGGACGAAGCUGUGUGCGUUUUUUCAUCCAGGAAAUGUUGGCAUGGCCGCCUCUGGAGCGCAUAAGUGUCCGAAGAGUGACAAGUUGGACGAGGCGCAGGCUUUGGCCAAGAGCUGCGCGGGGAGACCAGACUUCCUGCCUUGUGAUGGGCUCUCCAUCUGCGCUACACACAGCCACGGGAAGUGCUUCAAGCUGCACUGGUGCUGCCACUUGGGCUGGUGUCACUGCAAGUACAUGUACCAACCCAUGACCAAUGUGUGCCAGCUGCCCAGCACAACCGUGCCACCUGUCGACUCAGAGUACAGUAACACCAUCGACCUGUCCGUCUCUCUGGCUGAGCGCUUCCUGAAGCUUGCCCCCUCCUUCCAGUCCCCACCUCACCUGGAGUCACCUAAGUACUGUGUCAUCGCAGAUCUGUUUGUGGACGACUACAUUGUCAAACGCAUCAAUGGGAAGAUGUGCUAUGUGCAGCGCCCCCCACCUCCUUUACCAGAACCACCUCAUCCUCCAACCCCUCCCCCACCUGCUCCAGCUACACCUAAAAUGCCCCAAAAUCAGCUUCAGCAAGCGGUCAAGCCCACGCCGCCAACUCAACACGCACUGACACCUGCACCAGUGCAGCCAAUCCAGCAGGUGUACAGUGAACACAAACACCCCUCCCCUGUGGAUAAGUUAAAAGGCCCUAAAAUGGACCACUGCUCCUCUCCAUCUAGCUCAGAGGACUCUGGCAUCAUGGCGUUAGGUCUGCAUUACCUGGAGUCCUGUGAGGAGGAGAGCGCGGAGGAGGAGGAUGAGUUGAGCACAGAUGGGAACUCCAGCCCCGGCAGCCUCUGGGAUCAAGACGACUGUUCUGUGCUCUCGCCCUCCAAGUCAAUAAUAGAGAUCAUCGAAAAUAUUGAAACAACUGUGUAACUGACAUGGACAACGCAGAAUCAUAUCACUGAGAAUAACACUUUAUU